AUGACUGACGAGCAAAUCAGAGAGCAGCUUAAGAACAUCCAAGAGGAGCAGCUUGAGAGGGAGAAAGAGCCGCACACGGAGAAUCUCCUGGACGACCAAGACAAUGUUUUGGGAACUAAGAUUGCAAACGACCACAAAAGGAGACAGGACUUGCCUCCAGACAGCCAGCCGUGGGCACGGUACGAAAUUGACAGAGUGAUACCUCCAAAGUACAAAGGCAACGAUGCGACAAUCAGCAGAGAAAACGCCACUUUGUUCACGUUGUGCCGGAACUCGGAGCUCUACGAAAUACUGGACUCCAUCCAGCAACUGGAAACAAGGUUCAACGGCAACUUCCACUACGACUGGGUCUUUCUGAAUGAGGAGCCUUUUUCGCCUGAGUUCAUUGAGCUGACCUCUAACAUGGUCAGCGGUCGGGCGAGGUAUGGCCUUAUUCCAAGAAAACACUGGUCAUAUCCUCCGUUUAUUGAUCAGGAAAGAGCAAAGGAGAUCAGAGAGAGCCGGAAAUGGUCUGCCAUUACUUAUGGAAGUAGUGAAUCAUACAGACAUAUGUGCAGGUUCAACUCUUUGUUUUUCUACAAGCACCCGAUAAUGGAAGAGUAUGACUACUAUUGGAGAGUCGAGCCUCAUGUGAACUUUGCAUGCGACAUCAUCGAUGACCCGUUCAAGUUUUUGAAAGAAAACAAAAAGAAAUACGGCUUCACUAUUUCCAUGAGAGAGUUGCCAAACACGAUCGAGUCUCUAUGGGCCACUUCCAAAUUGUAUUUCAAGAAAUUGGCCACCAAUGUUUUCGACGCAGAGCAAACACAUAAUCUUCUCAACUUUAUCAGUGACGAUGGCGGAGAGAGCUACAACUACUGUCAUUACUGGACAAAUUUUGAAAUAGCUGAUUUGAGCAUUUAUCGAAAUGACAUCUAUGAAGGCUAUGUGCAGCAUUUGGAUCAAGCAGGAGGUUUCUUCUACGAGAGGUGGGGUGACGCUCCGAUUCACUCCAUCAUAUUUAGUCUAAUAUUGGACAUGGACGAGAUUUUUUUGUUCCAAAAUAUCAGUUAUGAGCAUACGGUAGCCAAAACCUGCCCGAUGAAUGAUGCGUUUCGGAAAGAGGCAAAAUGCAUUUGUAAUCCAGUCGAGGACUGGACAAUCAGAAGUGAAAGUUGCUGUAACUUGAAAUUUUUGGAAGUCGGAAGUUGCGAAAAGAACACAGAUCUCGACAAGUACUUGAAUGCAUUGAGGGAAAAGCAGGCAGCAGAUGAAGAGCUGAAAGCCCAGCAGAAGAAAUUACGGAUGGAGACGGCUAGGAGACAAUCCGAGGCUAGAAGAAAGAAGACGGAGGAAAGAAGGAAAAACAGGUUGCAGGCCCAAAAGGAAAAAAAGAAAGUCAGGGAAUAA